CACUGGCUAGUAUCCAAAGUCGGUCACACUAAAAAUUCUCGGUUCCCGGUGUUGCGAAUUUUUGUUGGUGCGCGAAUUUUGUAAGCGGCCUUUAACCAAAUAUACGAUUUGAUUUGUACCGAGUGGCCUUGCAACGUCCUGCAAUUCUGUGUGCCAAGGCAGAAUUAAUUGCGUUCCUGGUCUUGGCCCCUUACCGUGCGAGAAAUCCGCGUCGAUCGGAUGACGAGACCAGACAGAGUGCAAGCACAUUUUUGAGAGGAGAAAACUAAUUUCAAAAGCUGAAAGCGUACAAAACACAGAAGAAACAUGUUCACCACGCGCAAGCAGGUGGACGAGCAUGUCCACAAGAUUCUGGGCAACAUACCGCCUGGGAACCAGCGCGAUAUCAAGGGUCUGGCGGUGGCUCGUCUAUAUUAUAAGAUACAAGAGUAUCCCAAGGCUAUUGAAUACCUUAACAGCUAUCUCCGAGCCAAAGAUGAGGCUGUGCCCCACAAACUGAUUGCCAACAGCUACAAGUUGCUGAAAACCCCGGAUCUGCAGCGGGCUUUGCAGCAUUACCAGCGCUGCAUCCAGCUGAAUCCGCGGCAGGCAGACGUGAUCAAAGAAGUCUGCCAGCUGCUGGUCGAUGAGAAGAGCAUCUUCAAUAAGGAAUGUGCCAAAUACUGGCUGGAUCUCGCCAGCUCUGAGAACUUGAGCGACAACGAGGCAGUUGUUUCCCUGCGAAUGCGGGUGAAUCUUACAGAGAGCAACGGCAACGGCGACAUUGGAGAUGGCAGCUCGGUGAGGGACAACGAGGAUGCCUUUGAGAUGAUCAUGCACAAGGAGUUGCAGGCGCGUCCCCAGGAUGUAAAUGUGCGUGUGCGUCUCAUGCGCAGCUACGUGGAGAAGAACCAGUUAGACCAGGCCUUUAAGUACGCUUACAAAGUGGAACUGGAGGCCAGUGGCUGCACCAGUCAGUCCAGUGAAUGGUACGGAAUCGUCUGGGUGAUGCUCUCAAAGAAGGAGGACAAGAUUAAUUCCAAGGACUGGCGCUUCUGGCAAUUGGCACUUCACACUUGUGAUCGUCUUAUGCAACUGAGCCUGGAGGCCGGCAAUGCUUUGGCAGAGAGCAGCAGCCUAUUGUUCCGUCUCGAUCAGUAUCUACACAAGUUCAGCACGGUGGUGGAUCGAUCCAGUGAUGCUUCGCUGAGGGAAUUGCAUGUAUCCUGCGUGGAUCAUUAUGCUGGACAGCUGCUGCUCCAUGCGGUGGCGCUGCUCUUUAAGCGUGAGCUGUUAGGCAACAAGAAUAAGUGGAUGGGCGUGCUGCGAAGCAUGCUACCGCUGUUGCUCCUUGGAUAUCAGGUGCAUCCACUCCAAGAGCAGCACGUUCAUCCCUGGAUGAAGCACUGCGAUGCUGAGCAGAAGCAGCUGCUGCAGCUCUGGCGCCAGCAAGGCUCCUUCCGUUGCGCCCAGCUUGGACGUAUUCUCCUCGGUUGCUUGGACCGCUCUCGGACGGACCAGGAGAAUUUGAAGAAUAACAACCAGCAGCCUCUGUCAGGAUUAUUUAGUGACUCGGAAGAGUUGCUCAACUGCGCCCGCCAGCAAUGCAUGGACAAGAAUUGGCGUAGCCAGUUGUACCAGACGCUCUUUACCCAUGCCGAACACAAGCUGAAAGAACAGUCGUCGCAUCUGGUGCGUCAUUCGCGUCUGCAGACGCCCGUUUUCGAGUGGCCCGAUCUGGCCGAGAUUGAGACGUACGAGCAGCAGGCGCUGCUGCUACAGCCACGAUCCUUGGCCCAACAUGUGUACCUCGCCCUGGGCACCAAUAUCGACAGCCUGGGCGAAGCGUCGCGCGUCCUCUUUUAUGAAGAGUUCCGCCGGGAUGUGAAGCAGAACCUGAGUUACUGCGGGCACGACUCCAUCUCCCAGUUGGACGUAGACCUCUACUUGUAUGCCACCGUUAUCCAAACGCAGCGGAAAUUGGAGCUGUUGCGCAAUCUCUACGACAGCUCACACUUUGGCAACCGCAAUGCAGCUGCCCGUCCCCACAUGAUGCCAUAUGCCAAUCUUUUGAGUCAAUUAACGACACCGGAGCAGAGCAGCUGGUGGGAUAUCGUGCUGCGCCUGCACAGGAAUCAGCAGAUGACCGCUGAUGCCAACAGGGGCGAACAACGGGCCCAGCUGCAACUUGGGCUGGAAGCUGUGCGUGGUGUAAAUGGACCAAAGGCAGAUGCCAUCAUCAUCUUUCAGUUGGGCAAGAUUCUGCAAUCGCGCGGCGAUCGGUCCUCUUUGGAGUCGCGAAUUGAUGUUCUUUACCGCCAGGGAUUCAGCAUGCUGCGUCGGUAUCAGCAGCAGCAUCAGUUCGAGCCCUUCGUGCGCAUCUUUAAGUACGGAUCGGCCAGCUCAACGGCGGCCUGGAACAAGCUACAAUCGCUGGCCGAGCACGCUGUGUCCUAUUUCAGCGGAAAGAUGUUCAAGGCUGGACAGUAUGAUCAGUUUGUGGAUGAAGUGCGAGGACUAGACCUUCCCAUGGCGACAUAUUUACAGGCUGAAGCCUACCGCCUGCUGGAGGAUUCCGGCAAGACAAAUCGAGCUUCUCGGACUCGCUACUCGGAGCGGAGGCAAGAGUGCCUGCAGCAGACCCAGCAGCUGCUCCGAAAUGAUGGCAAACAUCCCCUGAGCUCGGUUAUUCAAAGGGAAUUAAGGCGUUGCCAGCAUCAGGGUGGUGGCGAUGACAGCUUUGGUACCCCGGAUUUGCACAACAACUCCUCAACAUAUGAAGAUGCCGAGGAUGACUUUUAUGCGGGUGCCUCCUUGUCCGCCAACAGAUCGCGUCGUCAUCAGUUGGAUAUGAGUGCUGCUUCUCCGGUAACAUCUGCCGUGGUUGUGGCCCAGCCCAGUGCAGAGAUAGAGCAGACACUUAAGCAGAUCAGCAAGUCGAUCUGCCUGGUUACGGAUAAUAUGGCAUCCAUGCACCAGGACAUAACCACACUUACGGAGCGAUUUAAUGGACUGGAGGAAAUGAUCAAGAAAAUGAAGAUUUCAAGCAACCUGGAAGCGCCAACACGCGAUGUGGAUCCUGCAGCGGCCUUGGGUUUGGAUGAUCUCUUUAUUAUCGAGGAUGCGUUGGUGGAACAACAACAACAGCAGCAGCAGCAGCAGCACCAGGCUGCAGUUCACCAGGUGGUCCCACAUCAGUACGGUGCUACAAAUCCGGCCUUCUACAACGGUGUCCAGAGUCAUACGCCCUCUGCCCAGGAUCGCUUCUUGCCGGCCCCAUACGGCAGUCCAAUGUUUAAUCAAAACCAAAUGUAUAACUUUUAUGCUGCCCAGGCUCAGGCACAGUUUAUGCGCACUCCACCAGCGCCUCAGCCGGGAGCUAUUCCCCCCGCCAAUUUGUUUGGUCCCCGUAAUCCCAACUAUGGACUUCCCAGCAUCUUUCCGCCACCGUCAGCAGGAGCACCACCAUUUAUGGAUCCCAUGGGUAACUUUACCCAGCCACCAACCGGAAGUCUAAUACCGCCACCACCUCAGCCAGCACAGCAGGCUCCAGCUCCAGCUCCUCUUAACUUGGCGGAAGCUAAGCCGCCAGCGUUGCCCACUCCCGGAUUCUUCAACUCGCCAGCACCACCAGCCUUUGGAGUGUCAGGAAUUCAACUGCCUCAGACCAAGCCCUUGGCAGUAGCUCCAGCAGCAGCAGCUGCAGCGCCUACUACGGCUGCUUCCGUGCCUACUCCCGCUCCAGUUAAUUUGGUGGCUCCCUCUGUUCCUGCUCCUAAUAAAGUACCACAAGUGGCGCCUCAGCCAGCCUUAGUUCCAGCUCCUACCAGCGUUCCGGCGCUCUUUAACCGAGCAUUGAACAAUCAGCCCGUGGAAAAGGAGCCACCAGCCAAUGUAGUCAUCACAAGCUCAGAUCCGUUGCCUAAGCCAACGGUUGUUAGUGGUGUCCAGCCCACUCUAAGUGUAACCAUUCCGCCGCAGCAUAUCAAGCCCAGCCUGGUACAGCCAACGGUUGAAACCCAGCAACAGUCGCAUGUACAGUCCCAGCCGCUACAACCUACUCUGCCCGCCUCGGGAGUGUUUAACUUUAAUAUGGGCAAUACCGCUUCCGAAAGUCCGUUUUCCUUCAAGACGCAAGUCGCCAGGGCAGCAGCCGAAAAGCAGAAAGAGCAAGAGCUUGAACAGGCGGCGGCCAUGGAGCUUAACAAGAGCGGAGCCAGUGAUCUUAACAAGAGUGCUGGGGCAGAGGGUAACUCCUCCCUAAACGAAGACUAUGAUCCGCGACCCGACUUCAAGGCCAUUAUCCCACUUCCCGAUGAGAUAGAAGUACGCACUGGAGAGGAGAACGAGGAGAUUAAGUUCAGCUACCGAGCCAAGCUCUUCCGGUAUGUGGACAAGGAGUGGAAGGAGCGUGGCACUGGGCUGAUAAAGAUCCUGCGCGAUAAAGCCACUGGAGUUUCACGCGUCCUCAUGCGUCGCGAUCAAACCCACAAGGUUUGUGCCAAUCACACAAUCACCGCGGACAUGACCCUGUCCACACCCAGCCAGGACAAGGACAAGAAGUCGUUCUUGUGGGCAGCCAAUGAUUUUGCGGAUGAGCAGCUAACGCUGGAGAAGUUCCUGGUGCGAUUCAAGGCACCAGAAACAGCUGAGGAGUUCCGGGUGGCAUUUGUCGAUGCGACUGAUGAAAGCAAGGUAAAGUUGCCAGCCAAGGCCAGCAAGGAACCAAGUGCAGCUCCAGUUCCGGCUCCAUUCAGUCUGGCCAAAAGCUUUGUGACCAGCACUCCGGCAGCCGCAAAUCCAGUCUUUAACAAGUCCGCAGAGCAGACGAAAUCCAAGCAGGCAACGGAACCCUCCCUCGCCAAGUCACUGUUUGGUACUGCCUCAUCGGUUACUGCGCCUCCAGCUACUACCCCAGCGGCUCCUUCACCGUUCGCCAACUUUAGCUUUUCAGGACUGGGCACUGAAAAUAAGGCCUCUCCCUUCGGCAAUAUAUCCUUUUCCAAUACUUCCGGCACCAAUAGUACUCUCUUCACUACGGCCCUGAUAAAGGACAACACUCUGCAAAAUCCAACGCCCGAAAAGACAAAUACUUCUGAUGCCGAGGAGGAGUACGAGCCCACGGCCCAGUUUGAACCAGUCAUUGCCCUGCCGGAAUUGGUGGAAGUGGUUACUGGGGAGGAGAACGAGGAGGUGCUUUUCGAGCACAGGGCCAAGCUGCUGCGCUACGACAAGGAAUCGAACGAGUGGAAGGAACGUGGCUUGGGCGAUAUGAAGGUUCUGCGCGAUCGCACCAAUCCCGAACAGGUACGUCUCCUGAUGCGUCGCGACAAGGUGCUUAAGCUAUGCUGCAACCAGCGUUUGACGCCGGAGACAAAGUUUACGUUCGCCCUGAACCAAAAGUCGGCCGUUACCUGGGCAUCGAUGGAUUAUGCCGACGAAGAGCUGACCAACGCUUUGCUGUGCCUGCGUUUUAAGACGCCUGAAACCUGCCAGGAGUUUCUAGAUGCAGUGAAAAAAGCCCAAGAGGGCAUGGGCAAGGGGUCCAAGUCGUCAGAAAAGCAGGCAGCAGAAAAGGAACCGGAAAAGCCCACCAAGGGCUUUGGGGAUGCCUUCAAGCCCAAGGCGGGCAGUUGGAGCUGCAAGGCCUGCUACACUAGCAAUGGUCAGGAUCAGUUGUAUUGUCUGGCCUGCCAGGAGCCCAAGGAUGAUACCGUGCCACCGAAGCAACCAGGCUUGGAUCAAGGCAGUGCAUUGAAUUUGUCCACCAGCAGCUCUGCCGGUAAAUUCUCAUUUGGAUUUGCACCUGCUUCUUUGCCCGCCCCGGGUGGUUUUAUCUUUGGGGCACCCAAGGAGAAACCAGCUGCUCCCGUUACAGCCACAUCUUCUGCUCCUGCUGCAGCCCCAUCCUUGCAAUCGGCAGCUGUUGUAAAGACCCCAACCACAUCCGGUUUUGGAGAUGCAUUCAAGCCCAAAGCGGGCAGCUGGUCCUGCAGCGCUUGCUAUGUGAGCAAUACCGGUGAAUCGCUGUACUGCAGCGCCUGCGAGACACCCAAGGAUGACACAGUGCCAAAGAAGGAGAAUGCCCUGGGUUCUGGGCUCACUCUGCCAGCCUCUACCCAGUUCAAUUUUGGAUUCGGAGCUAAGCCAGCGGACCAGGCGGCGAAGAGCAGUGUAUUUGGAUCUUCCACCUUCAACUUUCAAGCUCCAUCGGUGGUAGCUCCAGCAGCUUCACUUGGGUCCAGCGGAGGAGGAUUCAGCUUCUCGAUGCCGAAACCAUCCCAGCAGCAGCCAAAGAGUCCUGCCGCAGCCGAUGGCGAGGACAACAACGAUGGUUAUCACGAGGAGGAAGAGAACAAUGCCUACUUUGCACCAGUGAUUCCAUUGCCCGAUAAGAUCGAUGUGAAGACGGGCGAGGAGAACGAGGAGUUGCUGUAUGUGCACCGCGCAAAGCUAUAUCGCCUUACAGAAGGCGAAUGGAAGGAGCGAGGGCUGGGCGAUGUCAAGAUCCUGCGUCACAUUCAGACAAAGAAGCUGCGUGUGGUCAUGCGCCGAGAACAAGUGUUCAAGAUCUGUCUUAAUCACGUGCUGAACAACGAGGUGGUGUAUAAGCCGAAGGAUGAAAAGUCCUUGCUGUUUGCCGCCCAUGAUUUCAGUGAAGGGGAAAGUGUCCUGGAGCGCUUCACUCUGCGCUUCAAGAACCACGAUGUAGCAGAGGAGUUUAGCAGGGCCGUAAAAAACGCGCUCAAUGGAACUGCCGAAGCGAUCAAAGAUAAUGGAGACACUACUUCUACGACGGUCAUUGGCGAGACGGAUAAGGAUCAGGAUCAAGGAACAAGCAACUGCCCCGGUUGUCGUGGCUGCUCUCCGGAUAAAUUUGUGUUUGGAAGCUCAUCCUCACAUGUUAGUGGUCAGACAGAUGACGUGAGCCCGCCCUUGCCCAUGUUUUUACCAGCCCUUCAGCUUCCCAAGUCAACGGCCGCCACUGCCCCGGCAACCUCAAUAUUCAAGGCCAGUUCACUGGGUGCCACCAACUCAUUUUCAGCCUUCGGUAAUCUAUCUGUUUCCGGGGAAAACAAGGCGCCCAGCAGUCCAGCUUUUCUAUUCGGUAACGCGGAAAAACCAGCCACAGCACCCCUAUUUGGUGGCAACCUGCAGCCUAAGGGCAAUGUCCUGAACUCCAUUUUUGGCAGCACCAACAAUUCCGAUCAGAGUUCGGGAUGGGAUUCCGCCAAUUCGAUUUUCGGCGGUGGACAGCAGCAGCAGAAAGAAGAGUCCAAGUCCAUCUUUGGAGGUGCCAAGAUUGAGUCGCCGCAGCAGCAGCCAGCAGCAUCGAUCACCGCACCCGAAGUGCCCAAGUCAAUCUUUGGCGGGACUUCCUCUGUUUUCGGAGCCAAACCUCCAUCCUCGGGCUUUGCUUUUGGAAGUGGAUCGAAUGCUCCAAUCUUUGGACAAAAGGAACCGGUAUCAUCUUUUGCAGACCUGAGCCAGCAGGUUAAAGAAGGGGAGGAUAAGCCAUCCCCUGCGAGUACAACGUUCCCAGGCUUUGGUUUUGCCGCUGGAGAUGCCAAGGAAGGAAAGAAGGAAACGCUGUCCUUUGGCUUGCCAGCCACUGAUUUGUUCAAAAAUACUGGUAACGCCACAUUCGCCGACUUUGGCAGCAAAUCGGCCGAAACUUUUGUUGAUUUUGGUAAAAAAGCUGGCACUGACUUUGCCGAUCUGUCGGCCAAAAGCCAGGGCACUCCCGUCGGCUUCAACAAGUCCAGCACUGGUGGCUUCUACAAUCUGACGCAUCAGAACGAAUUCAAGAACUUUCAGUCGCCGUCAGACAGCGCCAGAAGCGGGUCACAUGGCGGCGACGGCGAUGAUGGCGAGGCAAACAAUGAUGACAACUACGAUCCCCAGUACGACCCCAUUAUAGAACUGCCGGAUGAGAUUGUGGUUACCACUGGAGAAGAGAGCGAGACUAAGUUGUUUGGCGAGAGAGUAAAGCUCUAUCGUUACGACAGCGAUUCAAAGGCGUGGAAGGAGAGAGGCUGCGGCGAACUGAAAGUGCUGGAGCAUCCGGAGAUGCAGACGUUCCGCUUGGUCCUGCGUCAGGAGCAGGUCCACAAGCUGCUGCUCAACAUGAAGAUCACCGGAUCCCUACAUUUCGAAUAUAUGGGAGGCCAGAAAAAGAGCUUUCUGUGGGCUGGCCACAACUUUGCGGCAGAUGCGGAGGGUAAGAUCACCACCGGUGGCGCUGUGGAGAAGCUAGCCUGUCGCUUCGCAAAGGAGGAGAUUGCGUCAUUGUUCCUUGCCAAGGCCAAUGCCUGCAUCGAACGCGCCAGGAAAUUGGAAGACUCUCGGGAAGAGCAAGAGGAGCAGGAUGAUACCACGGAGUAGAGAGGAAGAAACCUAAUAUGUAGCAUGUUUUCAAUUACGUUUUUUAAGUCUUGUCAACAAAAAGUAUCGCGGGAAUUGUUAAAUAAAGGUACAAUUUCCAUGUAACAAAAAAAAACCUUGAUAAAAAUAAAAAAUUAAACUUA